UUUUAGAUUCCGUCUCUCACAGUUGAGGUGUACCUAUGAUAAAAAUUACAGACCUCUACAUGCUUUUUUUAACACCAGGAAAUCCGCUCCUCUAAUUGGGACAUCUGUUCCCAAUUAUUUCCACGCAUAAUAGAGAGACACGUGAUCAUAUACCAAUAUAAGCAAGGUUUGAAAUGAUUAUGUUUUAGUCAAAUAUUAUCUCUGUUUGGGCUUCUUGUAGUCAACUUGCAGUCUACAAAUUAUUUGUAAUUAUGUUCCGAUCAUCCACUCAAUAAAAAAUCUUAGUCUAGUUGAUGAUCCCUGUUCUACGGCUUAUCAUGAGGUAUUCUAACUUGGGUGAGCAGUACCUCGAGAUUGACUUAAUUUUAGAGAUUGCGCACCAGCUGUUGUUAACAAAGAGACACACCUCCCCCAGGGAGCCUUUCUGUCCUGCUGGUGCAUAGAAAACCAACUAGAUGUAUAUUAUCCAUGUCCUUGUUCAGCCACGACUCUGAGAAAUAUAGGAUAAUACAGUUCUCCAGUGAUGAGUUAUUUUGCCAAUAGAAUGGAGGGAAAAGGUGGUUUAUUUACUCGCCAACGUAGUUUUGUCAGGGUGCCUGCAAGUUGGCCUCUCUAACACAGUACCUUCCUUUCCCGAGUCUCAGGGAUUAGGGCCUUGUCCGGGGUGAGCAGAUUAUCCUGCACUGCCGACUUGUUGAAGUAGAAAUCAUCAUCCAAAUCGAGUCGCCCAGAGUGAGGCCCAGGCAGGAGCCGGCUGCUGCUGACCACGGCACCAUGAUGGAGGGGGGCAUGCAGCUGCUGAACCGUGACGGCCACAGCAUCUCGCACAACUCCAAGCGCCACUACCACGACUCAUUUGUGUCCAUGAACAGGAUGCGCCAGCGUGGCCUGCUCUGCGACAUCGUGCUUCACGUCUCCAACAAGGAGAUCAAGGCGCACAAGGUGGUGCUGGCCUCCUGCAGUCCCUACUUCCAUGCCAUGUUUACAAGUCACCAGGUGAGGUGUGUGUCCAAGUUUUCCUCCUCCAUCCUGCAGCUCAGACUAGAGCUUUGUGAGGAUGAGAUGUCGGAGAGUCGUCAGACCCACGUGACCCUGCAUGACAUUGACCCCCAGGCGUUGGAACAGCUGGUUCAGUAUGCCUACACGGCAGAAAUCGUGGUGGGGGAGGGCAACGUGCAGACAUUGCUUCCAGCGGCCAGCCUGCUGCAGCUCAACGGGGUGAGGGACGCCUGCUGUAAGUUCCUCCUCAGCCAGCUGGACCCUUCCAACUGCCUGGGCAUCCGCAGCUUUGCCGACACGCACUCCUGCAGCGACCUGCUCAAGUCGGCGCACAAGUACGUCCUGCAGCACUUUGUGGAGGUGUCCAAGACUGAGGAGUUCAUGCUGCUGCCGCUAAAGCAGGUAUUAGACCUGAUCUCCAGUGACAACCUGAACGUACCGUCAGAAGAGGAGGUAUACCGGGCCGUGCUGAGCUGGGUCAAACACGACAUAGAUGGGCGCAGGCAGCACGUACCCUGGCUGAUGAAGUGCGUGCGUCUGCCCCUGCUGCGGAGGGAUUUCCUCAUGAGCAACGUGGACACGGAGCUGCUGGUGCGCCACCACUCUGAGUGCAAGGACCUGCUCAUCGAGGCCCUCAAGUACCAUCUUAUGCCCGAGCAGAGGGGUGUGCUGAGUAACAGCCGUACCCGGCCGCGCCGCUGCGAGGGCGCCAGCCCCGUGCUCUUCGCCGUCGGUCAGUGUGCCCCCGAGGUUACCCACCAGGGUGGCGGCAGUCUGUUUGCUAUCCACGGUGACUGUGAGGCCUACGACACGCGGACUGACCGAUGGCACAUGGUGGCAUCCAUGUCCACUCGGCGGGCACGUGUGGGCGUGGCGGCCAUUGGCAACAAGCUGUACGCUGUGGGAGGGUAUGACGGCACCUCAGAUUUGGCCACAGUGGAGUCCUACGACCCUGUCACCAACUCCUGGCAGCCUGAGGUUUCAAUGGGGACGCGACGGAGCUGUUUGGGCGUGGCAGUGUUGCACGGCCUCCUGUACGCCGCCGGUGGUUACGACGGAGCUUCCUGUCUCAACAGUGCAGAGCGGUACGACCCUCUCACCAGUACCUGGACCUCCAUCGCUGCCAUGAGCACCCGAAGGAGAUACGUCCGUGUGGCCACUCUAGAUGGCAGUCUGUAUGCAGUAGGAGGAUAUGAUAGCUCCUCACACCUAGCAACAGUGGAAAAAUAUGAACCACAGAGUAACGCGUGGACAGCCAUCGCCAAUAUGCUGAGUCGACGCAGUAGUGCCGGGGUGGCCGUGCUGGAGGGCAUGCUCUAUGUUGCCGGGGGCAACGAUGGCACCAGCUGCCUAAACUCGGUGGAGCGAUUCAAUCCCAAGACCAACGCCUGGGAGGGCGUGGCGCCCAUGAACAUCCGCAGGAGUACCCACGACCUGGUGGCUAUGGACGGCUGGCUGUACGCGGUGGGCGGCAAUGACGGCAGCUCCAGCCUCAACUCCAUUGAGAAGUACAACCCGCGCAGCAACAAGUGGGUGGCGGCCUCCUGCAUGUUCACGCGGCGCAGCAGUGUGGGGGUGGCCGUCCUAGAGCUGCUCAACUUCCCGCCGCCUUCGUCGCCCACACUGUCUGUGUCCUCCACCAGCCUUUGACACGGGGCUAAGCUCUGGCUGACCUCAGCCUCAACCUCGGCCUUGGUUGCCACCGCACAGCCAGGCCCCAGCAAGAGACGCAACUGCUCUGUGUGAAGAGGAGGGAGUGAGAUGAUGCAUAUACUUGAAUCAGGUAGCGAGAGGGAGAGUGGAGAGAAGGGCUUGAGAGACUGGGAGGGGUACAGUUAGAGGGAGAAGAGGUGAUGGGAAGAGUGAAAGAUGGAGAGAGAAAUGCACAGAGGGGACUGCUGGAUCUGGUCUCUUUCCCUGAAGUCUCACUGUAUUACCAUAAAGAUACCAGCUUCUAGUCUAUUGAAGAACACAGGAGAGUUUUCCUCAGAUAAAGAGGUUGGGAAAAAAACACCAUUUGCAAUCCAAUACCGUCUCUGAACCGAUUUUAACUUAGGAAUGUAGCUAUUGACUGGUUCUGCCAUGCAUGUUUACUGACAUUGUGUCCUGGCAGGCAGGAAUAAAAAUGAGUAGUGCAGCUGUAUGUGUCACACUAGGUGGCAUUAACGGGCAAUGUUGUUUACCGUCCUACCCUACGGACGAGCCUUGUGUAAUAGUGUUGCCCCUAGACAUUUUCCAGCAUUUCCCCUUAAAUGGUUAAGGUUAGUAUUGAGGAGGGGAAGCUGAUCGUAGAUCUGUACCUAAGGAAAACUUCAACCAACCAAUGGAGAAGAAGAAAAAAAAGAAUAGCUAUUGAUUCGAGAUCUAUCGUUACUCUAAACUGUAAAUUCGUUUAAUUUCUUUAAAAAAAAUAUAUAUAAGAACAGAUAAUAUGAUGUUGAAUUAUUUAUUAAAUGUAAAAAAAAAAAUAUAUAUAUAUAUAGCUAAUAUAUUCCGACAAUUUCAAAGAUGCUUUGUGAAAAGCAAAUGGACCACUGCUACGACUCGAGUGCAGUAUUAUUUUUAUUUUGUUGUGUUAACGUCGUGCAUAUCAUUGAUGGAAGUGUGUCCGAGAGGAUGUCAAAAGUGGGAAGUUGUUCAGUUUGAGCGUUGAGUAUAUCAGAGUGAAGGAUUGAUAAGGAUUUUUUCAACUGAUGAAGAUAUCAGGGCCCGUAUUCAUAAAGUGUCUCAGGGUAGGAAUGCUGAUCUAGGUUCCCCCUUAUUCAUAAUGAUUUAAAAGGAUAAACUGAUCCUAGAUCAGCAUUCCUACUCUGAGACACUUUUUGAAGACAGGCAGAGGUCAACUGAAAUAUCUUUAUUAUUUGUAAAGGACAACAGUUAAAAGAAAGAGGUUUAUUUUGUUCAUGCAGUAUUUAUUCUUUUGCCGGUUGGUACCUUGACUGAAAAUUUGAAAUAUUUUUCAAAAGUAGCCUUGUCACUGCCACAUGUAUUUCACAACCGAUGUCAUUAGUAGUUAUGGCAACUGAUGUCCAAUGCGGUUGUAUGGAAGGCUAUGGUAUGCAAGCUUGCUUGUCCGCUAGCUAAUUAGAAGACCCCAAUCCAUUGUAUAGAUCAUUAUCAUUCAUAAACACAUAGUGGUAUCACGAUCAUGACAGCUUUGAAAUGGCUAAAGAGCAGAAGGUUCAAGUAAUGUGUAGGCAAAUGAACACAACACUAGUUUUAAAACUUAAGACUAGCUGCGGCAAUGUCAAUGUGGAAACAUUUAUGGUGCUUUCAUUUUGUGUUACUUUACUCAUCAUUUUGUACUUUCCCUCAUCAUACCUCUUCCUGUAUUGUUGAAAAGGAUCCAAAGUUACCACAGCAAUGUUUACAUAGUAAACGUGUGACAACAUGUAGUAUAACUCUGAGCUCUAACGAUACUCUGGAACACUAUCAGAUAAUACCAUUCUUUGGAAGUUCCACAAAAUGGCACACAUCAAAGCAAAGGCUGAUUGGUUAAGGAAAUGAAGCUGUUUCUACAUACUCAAUACUGAUACUUUACCUGAGGUUAAAGAGCUGUGUCAGCCACAACAUGUCCUAAUUUUAGUUUUUGACUCGUCACAGUUAGCUAGGUUCAAUAAAUAGGCUAUGUAGAGCAGUGUGAUCAAAUGUAAAACUUCUGAGAAGUAAUUUAUUUUCCUUUUUUCAAAGGAUUUUGUUGAUCUGGUUUUGUUUUUACCGAACCCCACCCCCCCGGAUAUGGUGAAGUGUUUUGUCCCCAAAUCGCAAAAGUGGUUGCAGUGAUGUCUUCUGUGACGUCAUGGUCAGGUUGUAUAUAGAUUGUUUCAAGAAUCAAGAAUUUAGCGACCAGAAAAAAACGUAUUUAGCUGGUUGUAAUCUGGUAUCUAACCAGGCGUCUCUACAACCAGAAAACCUAUUUACAACCAGAAAAUGACGUCAUUAUAACAUUCCAUGCCAAAUUUUACACGGUGGGUUCGUGUGAGCUCAUAAUGUACCAUGAGUGAAAUCUCCACACAAGAACUUGGCCUCCAUUUAGUUGAAUCAAAUGUAACGAAGGAAUUGGCCAAAUUCUCAGAUUGAAUGCAUUGUCGAUGUGACUGUAGCUUUUUUAGUUAACACAUUAUUGUUCAAUGUGACCUGCAUCGUUUAUUAAUAUGUUAUAUUUAUCGAGAAAAUGUAUGGAGAAACGUUGCACUAUUGUGAAAUGGAGCAAUACACUGUAUAGAAAAUAAAUAAAGAUGCUUUCAGGUGUGAGAACCCAG